GGGGAAAAAAACCCUGCUGAGGAUCUUGUUUUGAGGCGGAGCAGAGGGGAAAGGUUCAGGAGAGGUCGUCAUGAAAAGCCUGGAUCUCUUCCUGGUGGCGUGUUGCUUAUGGAGCCUGGGGUCGCUGGGAGGCGCUGCAGACGUGGAGCAGGAUCUGUGGAAGAACAUCUUCACCAACUAUGACAUGAAGGUCCGGCCGGCGAAAGUCCCGACGGAACGGGUGGUGGUCCGCGUCGGGAUGAUCCUCUCCUCCUUCGUUGGACUGAACAUGAAAAAUGAAGAAAUGAGCACGAUCGUCAUGAUGAAUCUGGAAUGGACGGAUUACCGCCUGACGUGGAAUCCGAAGGAAUACGACGGGAUCGAGGUCCUGCGCGUUCCCUCGUCGAAGGUCUGGCUUCCUGACAUUGUCCUCAUCAAUAAUAAUGACGGAGUGUUCGAUGUGGCGCUGUGCGUCCACGUCCAGGUUUACAGUAACGGCAGGGUGACCUGGACCCCCCCUGCUCUCUACUGCAGCUCCUGUGGAGUCAAGGUGACAUAUUUCCCAUUCGACUGGCAGAACUGCACGAUGCAGUUCCGAUCCUACACCUACGACUCCACAGAGAUCGACCUGCAGUACGCUCUGGACUCAAAGGGGAAAGAGAUCCGGGAGGUCCAGCUCGACGACUCUUACAGCGAGGGCGGCGAGUGGCACAUCACGCACAAGCCGAGCAGGAAGAACAUGAAUGACGAUCUGUACGAGGACAUGACCUUCUACCUGAUCAUCGAGAGGAAGCCUCUUUACUACGUCCUCAACAUCAUCCUCCCCUGCAUCCUCAUCACCAUCAUCGCCAUCUUCAACUUCUACCUGCCUCCUGACGCAGGUGAGAAGAUGGGUCUGUCCAUCAACGUGCUGCUCACCCUCACUGUCUUCCUGCUCCUGCUGGCCAACAAAAUCCCGGAGACGUCGCUCGGCGUCCCGAUCAUCGUCAAUUACAUCAUGUUCACCAUGAUCCUGGUCACGUUCUCCGUCAUCCUCAGUGUGGUCGUCCUCAACCUGCACCACCGCUCCCCCAACACCCACCAGAUGCCGGUGUGGGUCCGCAAGAUCUUCAUCCACAUGCUGCCUCCUUAUCUCGGCAUGACGCGGCCAAAGGUGGAGACGCCCCUCUCCCUGGAGACUCUGCCCCGGCGGGAGAAAAAGAUGGUGGCCAUCAGCAAAGUAGCCGAUGAAUAUUUUAUACGCAAACCUGACUCUUCCGUCUUGUUCCCGAAACCCAACAGGUUCCAGCCAGAGGGCAUGUGCACAGACCUCAGGAAGUUCAUCGACGGCCCCAGUACCUACCUCGCGCUGCCCGACGAGCUCAAGUCGGCCAUCGACGCCAUCACAUACAUCGCCGAGGCCCUGCAGGCUGAGAAGGACUACGAAGCCCUCAAAGAGGACUGGCAGUUUGUGGCCAUGGUGGUGGACCGCAUGUUCCUCUGGAUCUUCGUCAUCUUCACCACUGUGGGCACGCUGGCCAUCUUCGCGGACGCCAGUUUCAACCUCACGCCCACCGAUCCCUUCCCCUUGAAAUGAAGAGCAGGACACUUUGCUUUGUCAUUCACCGAUGGGGAGAGUGAAAACCUCGUUCUGCGUGUGCACGGACGAGGAUGUCCAGGCAGCGUGCCACACUGCAAAAGCUCAGUUUCUACUCAGAAUUAAGGAAGCAAGUCUCUGAGUUUUUGUGACACAUUGCAGGUUCUGCAGCCACGUUACCGUGAUAACACCAGUCCUGUCAGUGAACAUCAAUUUGGAAAGUUUGUUAGGUAAAACGAUGGUAAAUAUAUAUGUUUGUAUAUGAGUAAUGAUCUAGCUGCCAAUUUAAUGAACUUUUUUGCAUGAAUACAUACUAGAAUACAAACCAUUGGUAUGUUUUUUUUGAACAUAUAGGCUUCAUUAAGAGUCUCGCUCUAAAGUGUGGAUCCAACUCUGGAUAUUCAUAUGUGGUGCGAACACAUAAACGCCGAGACAAACCAGAUGCUAUAACGAGCCUGCUGUAUGCCUUUCAUUUCAGUGUGUCAGAAUGUGCCGCAGUGUGGCACAUGCUUCCUGGAUAUUUCUGCUGCCACAGUCAUCCUCCCCUGUAUUUUAGGCACCGGCGGGUUUCCAUGGAGGCUAUUCUUGUGUGCAGAGCCGCACGCCGCCUUGGUUCACCAGCUGCACCAACAGCCCGUGGAAUUCCACCUGGAAAGGAGGCGCUCACUUUCUCACACACACUUGCCCUUUGUGUUCGCCCCGAAUA